UUUAUUUUAUGCGGCAAAAUACCAGGGAGUUUUCCUGAAGCCCGAGACAAAGGAGAUGAUGGGCAUUCGUGUGGCUUCUCUGUCAUCGUCACUUCGGGGUGGGCCGGAUCACCGUGUUUGCUCCUGGGGCCUGGCUGGAUUCAGGUAGUGAAACCCACCCCCUGGCGCCUGAGCUGAGGUCAGGCUGACAGCACCUGCCUCUGGCAAGGCAUGUUUCCAGGCUGGAUUCAGACGACGGUCGGCUCGGGCACCUUUCCCAGGCGGCUCUACAGACGUGGGUUUCUUUCCGGGGUCUUCAUUCUUUUUCUUUGACCUGUUUGUCUUUUUCAUUUAUUUAUUGUUUUCACCAACACCCUCUCCCGAUUACUGCAGCUUUACAGUGUGUCUUCGAGUGAGGUAGUGUCUGUCUUCCAACUCUGCUCUUCCCCUGCAGGGCUGCCUUGGCCGUCUGGGUUUCCCCUCCACGUGAACGUCAAGGCCAGCCUGUCAACAUGCACAGAAACAGCUUGCUGGCGUUGAGCCGGGCUGUGUUGAAUCUACAGAUCAGGUGCUACUUCCUCUGUCUGAAUGACCAUCCCCUCUCCUUCCCUGUUGGGGAUAUACUCAGCCACCAAGACUUUUCUAAGGACACACCUCCCUCCUCCUUCCCCACCCCCCACCCCGCAGCUCCAGGCUCCUGCUGCUGCCCUGUCCGGUGUGCGAUUUGCGGAGCGCACUCCCAGCCUUUUAUCUGCAGCAUCGUGGUUUCUCUCCCUUUUCCCCGCGUCCCCAUCUCGCAGCUCCUCCCUCCCACCCCCCAUCUGCACGGAGGCCCCCUGCCUCUUCUGCUGCCACUUCCUCGCGUGUCUUCCACCUGCCACGUGUCCUCCAGGCGGGGAGAGCAGAACCCAGAACCUUCGGGAGGGAACCAGGGGCCAAUGCAGGACCCCAGAGGGUUGCGUGCAGGCAGAACCGGGUCAGAUGUGCCGAGAGGCGCGGAGAUGGGGCCAGACCCCGAUUUCUCUUCUGCAAUCACUGCUGAGCCCGCACGCAACCGCCAGUGGGUCCGCAGUGACCUGGGCAGCGGGCGGUGCCCCAGCAGGAAAAAAAGAACUUUCCUUGGGCCCCCUCAUCGGCCAGGUUGGGGACUAUGACCGGGACGCCUGCCUUUAAGUCCUGGCCGAGCCCAGCUUCUGACGCAGACAGGAGAGGCGACCACCGGAGGGAGGCGCUGGGAGGAUGCCCGGGGGCUGACCCACAUCAGAACCCGGACCAGAGCCUGGGUCUGCGGGGUCAGACACCGACCCGGUUCAGGUCCAGACAUGGCGGGGGGGCACGGCCUCACCCGACAGGCUACUCGGCCCCCUGGAGAGCCGGACACUCCUCACCCGGGACAUGCCCCAGCCCUCCUCAGAGCAUCGUCAGUCCCCACACGCUGUGCAAACAUGUGCUGUGGAAGAUGGGCCACGUCCACGUAGACAGAGGAGUGUGGUUCCUCCCUCCCGCGCUCUUCCCACUCCCCUGUUGAUCAAUUAAUUUCCCACCAGUUUCUGCUCUUGUAGACAGCGCUGCAUGCAUCUGUGAAGCCGGAGAGGGGUGGAUGGGUAACUUCGGCAAAUUGUUCAACAUUCCACGUGGUAGCCUCAUCGUCUAGCGAUGACCAGCGCCAUCUCCCUUGCAGAGCUGGAGGAGGAUGAAGUGAGUUAGAAUUUGUAAAGCUCUUGGGCCAGUCGAGACCAGUGUCCAAAAAUCGUAAGCACUCCACACUGCGGUAAAAACCAGACCUGCACAUGCACUUUCCGGGUGCUGGGGAGCGGGUUUGAGUGUGCAGUGCUGUCUGGGAGCUCUGCAUACGCGAGCACACACACGUGCCAGCGUCUGAUAGCGUGGCAGGUGUGCAGAUGGACUAUGAGUUAUUUAAUAAAACCCUG